AUGGUACAUUGCAGAUACCCAGAGAAACUCGCGGACAGUGGUUUUGAUAACACAGGGCUUUUGUUGGAGGCACCACAUCGUGAAAAUCAUCUUAAGGAUUCAGUUCUUCUGACUGUUGACCUCACCAAAGGGGUUGCAGAUGAAGCUAUCCGUAGGAAAGAUUCAGUCAUUGUCACAUAUCAUCCUAUCAUCUUCCGUCCUUUGAAAGCAGUCACCCUCGCCAACUCCCAACAAAGUUCUCUCCUUCGACUUGCCCAAGAAGGAAUCAGUGUUUACAGUCCUCAUACGGCUGUGGAUGCUGCACCAGAAGGCCUCAAUGAUUGGCUCGCCGAUAUAGUCACCAAUCGACCCUUAGGAAAGAAUCCAUCCAUUGGUACCAAGUCAAUCGACCACCAACGCUUAAUUAUUAACCCCGUCAAGGAUAUACCCAGUGGGUUCGAAGGCGCCGGAUAUGGCCGAAUCGUCCGAUUCAAGCAACCUCAAAAGCUAGGAGACCUUGUUGCACGGAUGCAAUCCUCACUCCAAAUUGGAGACCGGCUCUCCGGACUUUCCAUAGCAGUUCCACAAUCCAUACCAAGAGGACAAAAAUCUUCUAUUGAGAUUUCUUCCAUUGGAAUUUGUGCCGGAUCCGGGGGGUCCAUGCUUAAUGGCUUGGACGUUGACUUGUUGUUCACUGGCGAAUUGAGCCAUCAUGAAGCCUUGGCGGCCGUCGAGCAAGGCAAAUGUGUUGUUACUGCAUUCCACAGCAACACCGAAAGAGCCUUUUUGAAGGACCGAAUGCAGACUGCUUUGACAGAGGCACUGGAGGGCAAAGCGGAAAUUGCAGUUAGCGAGGUCGAUAGGGAUCCCUUUGAUAUCAUCCACAAGGAUGAGGUGGAUUGGUAG